CGAAUAGGCACGAGAUUGUUGUUUGCAUAGUAACCGUCUUAGCAACGUUGCUGUGUGUGUUGAAAAGUACCACAACAUCUCAUGUAAACAUAAGAAGUAGCAUUUAAUCACACAGUAAACAUGGAAGGUUUGCCUUUUCUACCUGGAAACACUUUCUCAGACCCAACGAGAUCUAAAUAUCACAGGAGUCACUCGUUGAACUAUAAAAAUGGUUAUGCGCUUCCAACACACCCGACUGUAGGCAUCGGUGGCGAGCCGUUGAUCUACAAUCAGCUGUCUGAACAGGAACUUGAUGAGUUGGCCAACUUCAACCCCACUCUGACAUACGGCCAGGCCAAGCAGGCCCCACCGGAAGAUUUUGUGCCGGGUCAUGUUGCUUGGGACAAGAAGGUGUUACGCUACAAUGCCUACUUCAAACAGACUGUCCACGAGUCGAAAGACGAGUAUUUCAGAGUCCGCCCAGUGGAUAUUUUCUACUACCUUGAAGACGACAGCAUUGCAGUUAUUGAACCCCAUGUAGAAAACAGUGGCAUGCCUCAAGGCAAGCUAAUCAAGCGACAGCGCCUGCCUAAGAAUGACCAGGGCGACCACUGGCACUGGAAGGACCUCAACAACGGGGUCAACGUCACCUUCUACGGGAAGGUGUUCCAUAUCGUCAACAUGGACCAAUUCACUAGCAAUUUCCUGGAUAGCGAAGGUAUAAUCGUAAACCCGAGCGAAGGCCUGCCAACUGACCCCUACAUAGAGCGACGCAAGAACGCAGCGGCUCUGAGGACCUUCACCACGCCGUCAUCCUUCGACAAACAGAAACAAUUCCUUGAGCUUGACAGAAAAGUGCUCCGCUUUUAUUGUGUUUGGGAUGACCGGGAUAACAUGUUCGGAGAGAUGCGUCCGUUUGUUAUACAUUAUUUCCUUGUGGAUGACACUCUGGAGGUACGAGAGGUGCACACGGCCAACGACGGUCGCGACCCGUUCCCUGUGUUGAUUGGUAGACACAAGGUGCCCAAGGACAGGUACAAUGUAGACACGUCCUUCCCGGCGGUCGUGAUGGAACUCUCGUCUCAUGAGAUCAAGCAGUACUUCACGCCAAAAGAUUUCCGUGUGGGCGACACUGUCAUGGUCUAUGGUCGUCGCUUCCUCAUCUACGACUGCGACAACUUCACGAAGAGUUUCUACUACCACACAUUUGGAGUCACAGAGUUCCAGACAGUGGAUGUGAAACAGAAGCUGAAAGAUCUGCCCAAGAUGGAAAUCCCACCAUUCAAUCAGUUUGGAUCCCUGGAAGACUCUCUGCAGAGUUGUCUGUCCCUGAUUCCCCAGCCCCCGAAGAAAGACUUCAUUAAGAUGCUGGAGAAUGACCACAGGGUUCUACGAUUUGAGGGCAUGAUGGAUUCUGUUAGACCUGAGGACAAGGGUCGCAGGUUCAUCAUUUCAUAUCGACUAGCAGACGACAUGAUGACAAUCUACGAGCCCCCGGUCAGGAAUUCUGGAAUCAUUGGUGGAAAAUUCCUUGAACGUACCCGUGUUGCGAAACCCAACUGCCCACCUGACCAGCCAGUUUUCUACGGGCCCCAGGAUUUCUACAUCGGGGCGGUCAUUGAAGUUUUCCGCCAUCGUUUCGUGAUAACAAAUGCUGAUGAAUACGUCCUCAAAUUCAUGGAAGAGCACAAAGAUCAGUUCCCAAGCAGCACUGUUGAGUCCUUGAGACAGAGGUUAGCUGAGGGAUCACUCAUGCGUGAAACAGUGAAAGGCGCACCAAUGAAAGUGAAGAGAACUGAGGGAGACCUAGCCACCUUAGUGCAACAAGUUCGUGCUCAGCUGAAGAAAAUCGCGAUCACAGACAAAACGCGAGUCGACGAGAUGUUUUUGCGCUACAACAGCAACAGGACUGGCGCCAUCGACGCACUGAACAUGCGGGAUCUGUGCCGACGUCUACAGCUGCCUGCGGAUGAUGAUGUCAUUAAUGCUCUUGUUGCAGAAUGCACAGACAACCCUGAAGGGAAGAUAAGCCUGGAGGAUUUUAGAAGAUUUGUGGAAAGUUCAUGAAUCAUCUCCCUUGAAAAGACUUUUUAUUUUUACAAUUUACAAAUAAUGUUUUUUCCUCAGAAUAUGUAUUAAAAUGUAUGCUUGAUAUAAAAGAAAAGCUGAUCUGGUUGUUUUAUUAUUGAAGAUUAUUAAAGCUUUGUGAAGCUUUAAUACAAAAACAAUUAGACAAAAUGUUAUUAAUGUGUACUAGGGUUUUAAUUAAACAAACUUUAACUCUAAACCUUACAUUGCAAUGCAUCAAGAAAUCCUGUUAAAUGGUAAAAUAACUUAAUUUGGGGACUUUGAUUUGCAACAUUACUGCCAGAUGCAUUUGUUGUUUUAUUGCAUUAUAUUCCGGGACUGUGUGUCUCCAUACAUGACUUUUUGUAUUUUAUUUGCUUUGUUAAUUUCAAAACAUAAUGAAAAUAUUUUUCUCGCAUCUUUAUAAAAAGGACCAUAAAGUUGUGUGUACUUGUACAUUUUGAAUGUGCUUUAUUUCAAAAUAAUAUAAGGUAAUUUAAAACCAA